UUUACAGAUCAUCUGAAAAAACCAACAUGCACCAGUUCUCUUUGCUUCUUUUAAUUCUUUGUUUCCCCCAAUACACACACCACACCCCGCUUAGAUCGGAUCUUUCUCAACAAACCGCUCAAAAACAACAACAAAACAAAACCCAAUUUUUUUUUAUUUUUUUAUAUAUACAAAAAAAUAGACCAAGAACUUUCUCUCCCAUAUUUUCUUGCAAAAAAGAUUGAUGCUUUUGCCGAAUUCAUGGCCUAAAUUUUUAUUGAAUGAUUUUAUUGUCAAAUUUAGGUUGUUGGGUUUUUGAUAAUGGGGAAUGUAACAGCAAGUGUAGCUGCAAAAUUUGCAUUUUUUCCACCAGACCCACCAACAUAUGAAGUAUUUAAAGAUGAAGAAGAAAGUAGUAGGCUUUGUUUUAGUGGAAUAACAGCUGAUAAGAAUGUGAAUGUUCAUUUAUUGGAUACAAAAGGUGGUAAUAAAAUUGUAGCCACUUUUUGGAAACACCCAAAUGGGAGAUUUACUCUUCUUUAUUCUCAUGGAAAUGCUGCUGAUUUGGGACAAAUGAUUGAUCUUUUUGUUGAGCUUAGAGCUCACCUCCGUGUUAAUAUUAUGUGGAGGUCACUGUUCGACAGCCUUAACACAUCAUACAAUAUACCUUUGUGGUGCGUCUAUUCCUUGGACCCCGCGCAUAGCACACGGGGCUGCCCUUUAUUGUGUGUGUUUUGUUUGUAGGAGUGUUUUAGAAUGAUUAAUUUCAUGGGUUUUGCUUGUUUUUAUAGUAUUGUUAAUGGUUGUUCCAAAGUUUUAAUCUUUACAAUGUUUUUGUUGUAUGUUCCAUGUAUGAGCUUGAGUUUUUAA